GCGUUAUAUUUAUUUGUUAUUAUUUACUCGUAAUGACGAGCUAUGAUGGACAUGAGCCAGAUUCCAUAUCUCAGCUUUACAGACAGCUCGAGAAGUCUAUCUGCUGUGCGAAAGGGAAGUAUCAGAUAUUUAUUCCUUGUCCAACCGAUCAGCAAGAUGCAGUGACAAUGCCCAUGCCCCCCUUAAUGGAUCAUGACCAUGUUCAAGCAAGCAUGCAGACGAUGAGUGUCAGCGACGAUGCAUCGUCUACUUCCACCGAUGGUUUCAUCACCGCCAGCAACGGUAGUAACGUUACCCCGGAGUCGGAGGUUCUUUGCGCUUGUCGGCAUGUUCUGGUAUCAGUGGAUUCAGAGCACUGUGGAUUGUGUGACCAACGAUCACCCCAGCUCAAGGAACGGCAAGACCAACGCCUCGAGUUUUUGCGGAUUAAAUACCGCUACCGAAACCAUCUGAAGCGAUUGAUGGCACAGAAGCAGAUCAACGAAACAGAGAAGCAGAUGUACGAAAAGACAAUUCAGGAAAAGCGGCAGCUGUUAGAUCAGCAAUUGAAGCAGCUAUCAUCACUAAAAGAGGACAUGUCUGUACUUCACAGUAAAUACAUGGAGGAACGGUAUCGGACGGAGGAGAUAAGGAAGUCCACAGAGAAUCUUAAAUGUGAACUGGAAGAAUUGAGUCAGCGACUGUUUGUUGAAGCCAAUAAGCUGAUAGGACAGGAAAGAAAGGAAAAAAAACGGAUUCAAGAUGCACAGAAGCGGCUGGAAGAGGAACUGAAGCAAGCCAAUGAAGAACUGUAUCACGCCAAAGAGGAACGACAAAUGUGGUGCUGUCAACCCCCACUGGAAAAUACCAAGCCCGUCCAAGCGGUCGUUGAAGCGGAGAAAGAUGAAUCAAUUUCCCGUUUUUCAUUGCUACCGUCUCAGAAUAUUUUGUUGCGGGCCAAUAUCGACUUGACAAUCAUGAUGCAAGAUGAAUCCGUAGGUUUUUCAUUGGACGUUACCGAGAACACUCCCGUUUCUACCGAAUUUCAACAGUUCAUCAAAGACGCGCCCCAUGUAUCGCUUCGCAAACUACAUCAGUACCCUUUUAUGAAGCAAUGCCUCGUUGCCGACAUUGAACCCUGUCUCCGAUUUGGGCCGAAUCCAAGGAUGACGAGUAAAAAUAUUAUAGAAGCGAUGGUUGCGAACACCUGUUUUGUGGAGAAACGUCCCACUGGGGUUUCCGCGGAACCCAAACCCCGCAAGUUACAAUCCAGUGAGGUGACAAAAAGUUUAUGGGAAAGAUUCGGUUCCCCCAGAUUUCAUGGUUGUCCCGCAUGCGGCAGGAGGAGCGAUCUGGAUCAACAUGACGUGACUUUAAAAUAUAGCUUUCGAAUUUCACAUCUUGAUCAAUGGGCCACUAUUGAUCAACCAUGUUAUAACCGCCUGAAAGCAGUGGCUGAUUUUUAUCGUUUCAUACGAAAACUACGUCGCCGGGUGUAUGAGAAUCAAAGUGUUUCUGAGCUGUAUCAGAUGUGCGUUCGCUUGAGAUUACAAAUGUUCAUGUGCAGAAUGGGAAUCUUGAUUAAUCUGGAAACGCAAGGAUGAUAAGAAACGAAAGAAGGAAAUGAAAACAGCGUGUCAACAAGAUGGAAACGUUGAUAAGGCCUUUUGAAAAAAUUCCCUUCGAACCCAUUUGCCGUGGGGUAACGCUUAACGGUACAAUUUCCCACCGCGGGGUGGACUCCAUUUUCAAAGUAGCAUAGAAACAGAGAUAGCUAGAUACUUCUCUGAAAAAGUUGUCUAAUUAUUUUACAAAUACAGUAAUGGUGCGCCGAUUGUAUAAAUCUGGGACAAAUGAAUCUGCCACACCAUAAUGGGUUCUCACGAGCGGUAUUUUUGGGACCAGUUGAAAGGAUGGGAGAACAUUGGUAAAACCAGAAGAACCAACCAGCGUCGAUUUUAGCCAAAAUCGGACCACCAAGACACCCAUUGACUCACGUGAUUUAUCCUUAUAUAGUCUCGGACGGUUUUACACCCGUUUCCCAAGUUUUUUUUUCAUUAUUCCC